GUGACGCCGGGCGUGGCGGCUGCUCUCCGUCUGCCAGGCCGUUCAUGCAUGGGCUCAGGCUGCUGCUGCUGCUGCUGCUGCUGCCGCUCCAAGCCCUCCAGAUCCCCUUCCCGGCCUGCCCUCCCUCCCCGGUGCCCGAGGCCCGCGGGGCGUCUCGCGCAUCCCGCCUGCCGCCUGUCACCAAACACAAUAAGAGCUGCACAACGUGGCAACGUCCCCGGGCGUCCAGCUCCUCAGUGCGCUUCAGCACGCCCAGCCCAACCUUCGCAGCCUGCUUCCCCACCGGGCUCGGAAGGCUGUCACAGCACCCGCACCCAGGCCUCGCUCUCUUGGCCGUGCCACCCAGCGAACCGCCACGACCGCGAACACUGCUCUCUCGACACAGGCCCGUUCGGUCUCUCGACUGCCGUAAGUUGCGACACCGCGCAACGGCCCCCGGAAGCUUGAACGAGUUGCCAACCCGAGCGAUAUUACCCUGUGCCUCUCUGGCGUUACCCUCCCCUUCCUUCUCGCGCACUCUCUUUACAUCUUAUUGCCUCCGCUUCUCCUCCCCACAACUCCUUCCUAUCGCCUGCUAGCCGUCCCCUGGCCCUCCGCGAACCCGCCUGCUCUCAUACGCACACCCAUCGACCAUGCCGGGGACAACGCAGUACGAGGUCCUCCUCGACUUCACCAAUGACACGCACGACUGCGCGACGGUCCAGCUCCAGCGGGACUACGGCCGGAAUACCGGCGCCAUCGUCCUGCUGCAUCCAGGCGAGAGCGUCACACUUGUACUCGAUGCCGGCACGGUGUACAAGUACGCGCUCAAGACGCGGACAAGAGUCGCCAACGUAACCGCACGGGCAUGGCGGGACGUCAGCUGUCCGGUCUCCCACCUCUUCCCGGCCGCUCCCGCGCACCCCGCGCCCGUCUCCCAGACGUCGCCCGAACCGUUGCGGCCAGUGCAGGGCAUCACGGUCGACCAGCUCUGGCGGGACAUGCGGUUCUGCAUAUGGAACGAUGCAUAGCAGCGGUUGUCGAGCCGCGAUUCGGAUUUUGUCACGAGACGACGGGUGCCUGUCGAGUGCCAUCCCCUGUGGCUCUCCCCCCCCCCUCGCACGACCUAGUAUGCCCAGUGCCCAGCGCCAGUCCAUGCCCAGCGAUAUGCCAACGCGUGCGCGUCGGACUAUCCUGUGAGGCGACGGUGAAGCAGGCGCCGCGAUCGCGAGCGAUCGCACAACGGACCGAGACUCCUCGAACGAUGUAUUAGAUUAUCACUACCUACUGUCUUCAUAGGUUACAAGUUGUAAUUGUCGCCGCACUGGCCGUCCCACCACGCCGCUGCCGCGCGCAGGUUAUUGUACACGCGAGAUUAGAUACCGCACAGCGCGAGAUCGCGCUGCGUAAUUGAUUGUCGGCGAGGAAUCGUCGUUAUUGCAACGUUUGUUCCGCACGUUUCGUGCGUUGCGCGUGCGAGAGAGCUGUGAAGCCCAUCGGGGAUGGGGAUGGGGAUGGGGAUGGGGCUGGGACCUGCGGCGAUACGCAGGGGCUGAUGACACACUCGCACACAGCGUUACAACGCCUGCUGCUCGUGUUUGCAGCGAGGCACGAGCCCGAUUCAACGCCCCACGCCGCUACGCGGGCCA